AUGCAAAAAGGCCACCGUACCCAACCUUUAGAAGCCGCCGUCACUCGACAGAUGAAAGUAACGGUUACUCAGCCUUUGGAAGCCGGUGUCCCCGAAGCAAGAACGAAACACGAGGACCUAGCACAAGCUGAAGACCAAGUGUGCACGUUUGAGAGCGGAGAACUCUGA